AUGGUUCCACUGGAAAAUUCUUUUGAAGAAGCUUCCGUUUCUCAUCCUCCAUUGCCCGAGGGAAAUCUAAGAUGUGUCGAGCAGAAAUGCAUUGCCUCCGGCAAAGUGAAGCAAACUACUAACAGAACGACACAGCAUGGCACUGUUUUAAAGGAUAAGGGGAAUACUGUUUCUGCUAUUAAAAACAAAGCAAAGGUGCAACACAUUACUAAAGAUGUUGGUAUAAAAUCGAAGCCAAAUCCAUCUCUUUGCCGGGAAGCUAGUGUCAAGGUUAAUAAAAGUGUCAUUUUAGGCAAAGAAAAUACCCCAAAUGCUGUAAGAAGUAUUAGUAGACAAAUUACUGGAUCACGCUCUAGCUUACCUAGAUUGUAUGGACCAUCAAAACGUGGUGGCCUGAACCAAACAAGAAACAGAGUUGCCGUGCAAAUUCCCAGCGCUCAAGUAACAAGGCUAGUGUCAUCUUCUUCUAGCUCUAGCAUUAGAAAAACACAAGCCAAGGCAAGUUUAAAAGGAACCAGACAAGAAAAAGAGUUGCCAGUGAAAAUUUCCAGAACUCGAGUAACAAGACUGGUGUCAUCUUCUUCUAGCUCCAGCUCUAGCACUAGCAAUACUGAAGUCAAGCCAUCUUCAAAAAGAACCAAUCAUAGAACAGAGCUGCCAGUGCAAAUUCCCAGUGCUCAAGUAACAAGAUCGGUGUCAUCUUCUUCUAGCUCUAGAACUAGUAAAACAGAAGCCAAGCCAUCUUCAAAAAGAACCAAUCAAGAAAAAGAGCUUCCAGAGCAAAUUUCCAGCGCUCAAGUAAGAAGACUAGCGUUAUCUUCUGCUAGCUCAAGCAUUAAAAAAACAGAAGUCAAACCAAGUUUAAAAAGAACCAAACAAGAAACCGAGCUUCCAGAGAAAAUUUGCAACGCUCAAGUAACAAGGUUAGUUUCAUCUUCUUCUAGCUCUAGCAUUAAAAAAACUGAGGUCAAGCCAUCUUCAAAAGGAACCAAUAAAGAAACAGAGUUUCCUGUGCAAAUUCCCAACGCUCAAGUAACAAGCCUGGUGUCAUCUUCUUCUAGCUCUAGCUCUAGCAUUAUCAAUACUGAAGACAAAUCAUAUUUAAAAAGAACCAAUCAAGAAACAAAGUUGCCAGUGCAAAUUCCCAGCGAUCAAGAAACAAGGUUGGUGUCAUCUUCUAGCUCCUGUAUUAGAAAAACAGAAGCCACGACAUGUUCAGACAGAACCAAUCUGCGAAUUCUCUGCACUCAAGUAACGCGGGUGGUAUCAUCUUCUUCCAAGUCUAUCAUUACUAACACUGAAGCAAAGUCAGGUACAAAAAGAACCGAUCAAGAAACAGAGUUGCCAGUGCAAAUUCCGAGCGCUCAAGUAACAAUGCCGGUAUCAUCUGAUGGAAUUGGAGUUGAACAGAUCCAAACUUGUAACAAAAAGCAAAAAGUGGAACAGAUUGAAUCUUUGGAGUAUGCAAAAUUGAAGUUUGAUCAAACAACCAAAAAUUUUAGACUAACCACAUAUUACACAGGCAAAAGAAGCCAUGCUAGCGGUGAAAGCGGAAACGGGUUUGGAUCAGUUAGUGUUUCUUGCAGCAGAAGGAAUUAG